AUGAAGAAGAAGCCAUACCCUCUGUGGCUCGGUGGUAUCGCCGCUUCCGUUGCGGGGUUGUGCACACACCCGCUGGAUCUGACCAAGGUCCGUAUGCAGGUAGCUGGAGACAAGGGACUGUUGCUGUCUAUGCGCAAGACGGUAGCGAAUGAAGGUAUUCUUGGGCUGUGGGGUGGAGGGACCGGGACACUUCUCCGACAAAUGACUUACUCUAUGAUGCGUUUCGCCAUAUACGAUACUGUCAAAGCCAAGAUACAUACCGACUCGUCGCCUAUGCCAGUAUGGAAACUCGUCGCUGCUGGCUCGGUCGCUGGAUCCGUUAGUGCAGGUAUCUGCAACCCCGGAGAGAUCAUCAUGGUACGAAUGCAAGGAGAUAAGGCGAAGCCAGUCGAGAAACGGUACGGCUACCGGAACUCUAUCCAGGGUCUCUACAGGAUGGCCAGGGAAGAGGGUCUCGCGACUUGGUACAAGGGUGUUGGGCCGAACGUGGUCAGAGGACUCACCAUGAACGUCUUCCAAAUCGGAGGAUACGACGUCUUCAAAGCCGAGAUCAUCAAGAACAACCUCCUUGCCGACGGGCCAGUCUGCCACUUUAUGGCUAGUUUCGCAGCUGCCACUGCUGCUGCAACUGCUUGUGCACCCGCAGACGUGAUGAAAAGUCUGGUCAUGAGCUCUCAGGGCGCUGGACCGGGCGUCUUUACACUCAUCAAGGACGCAUACGCCAACCACGGUGUCAAGUUCUUCUUCCGCGGAUGGACCCCAGCCUGGAUAAGGUUGCAGCCGACUACCAUCAUAACCUUCUUGGUUCUGGAGCAGCUCAAGGGUGGCGUGGACAGGUACCGCAAAACGGGCGGGACUUUGAUGUAG